UAGGGGUGUUAUAAAAAGAAAACCAUCCCCAGGCAGCUCUCACUGUCAACAACACCCCAUCCUGGAGGGACUAUCACCACAGCUGAGCGUGGGAAGCAGUGUGAGCCUGGGCAUCGUUUAAACUUCCCGCAAAGGCACAAACACCAGAAGAGAAAAAUGAAGAUGGGACAUUUUGAAAUGGUCACCACCCUGCUGGCAGCCAUGACUCUAAUGGACGUCUUCCAGGUGAAGGCGGAAGUGUUAGACAUGGCGGAGAAUUCAUUUGACGACGAAUACCUGAAGUGCAGCACCAGGAUGGAAAUUAAGUAUGUUCCACAGCUGCUCAAGGAGGAGAGGGCAAACCAUGCGCUCCUGGAGACUGUGUGGGGUAAUGCAGAGGUCCUGUGGAAAUCUCGGAAGGCUCAGAUCUCGCCCCCCAUGAACUUCAAGGAUCCCCAUGGAAUAGCCCUGACGGCGUUCGUAACGGAGGCUCAAGCACAAACUCCCUUUUACCAUGAGUUCAACAGGGCUGUGACGUUGAUGGGCCAGUCCCGGAAAGACUACAUCUAUGACUUUCCCUUCAAGGCCUUUCAUUUUUACCUGGUAAGAGCCCUGCAGAUGCUGAGAAGACCUUGUGAGGACAGCUACAAAGAGGUGGUGUACCUCACACGCCCAGACACUUCCAUACUCGAAGAGCAAACCCAAGCCCGGCUGGGCAACUUCACACUGGCAUAUUCAGCCAAACCCCCGGCAGCUGACAACGAACCAUUGCUAACCAUCUACACCUGCUAUGGGGUUGACGUCGGAAGAUUUUUUGAGAAGAAAAGAGGAGGAGUUGUUUUAAUACCUCUGAGUGAGGUUUUUCAAGUGUUGCAGGAAGGAACCAGCAAUAACCUUCUUCUCCAGAGCAUAAACAGGACCUGCAGCUACUACGAGUGUGCUUACCUUGGGGGUCUAAAAAAUGAAAAGUGUGUUAAAAACUCAGAAUAUAUUGAACCAGUGUAUAUCUACAACCCCGAUCUGGAAGGGCAGAACCUGGAAGACUCUGUGCCUCGAAUCAAACCCUGGGCCCCCUGCAAGCUAGGUAGGAAAAGCCUUGACUCCACAGGACCUCCAGGAAUUAAAGUGCUAGAACCAGAUGAAAAUCCUCUCUGGAUGGAUAAUAAACCUGAAGACAAGCGUCAAGGAAAUGCUGACAAUCCUACUCUGGGUCCCGCCCCUGCACCAGGCCCCCGGAGCCACCCUUCGGCAUCAUCUGGCAGAAUGCUCCUCCCGUCAGUCACGGCAUCCACUGUGCUCAUUGUUACGUCUGCCAUACGCAUCUUCACUGCUCUCUAGCUCGAAAUCACACCUUAAUGUUUAUUUGGAAGACGCUACGGAGAUCCCACAGGAGGCCAAGAGAAAAGGUGUCUUUCUCACUCGGGCAGACACACUGUAAAAUAAGAACUGUUCCCUGGCUCACAGUUAAAAAGCUGGUUCAGACAGUGUAAGAGAAUUAACUCCUCAUUUCUGUUUAAGUUUAGGAUUGCAAAAACCCCAAAGCUGUAUUCUUUUGAUUGGAUUCAAUAAAAGUUUUAAGUUUAUUAAA